CGUUUGCAGCUUGUACUUCCGGAAGGUGGGGCUUUUGUUGCGGGAGCGGUUUGUAUAUGUAGACCAAUGCCUCUGUGUUCGCUGUUAACGCGCUCAGCAAGAUAGCGGCAGCCUCGGGCAGACAAGCGGAUCGUGCUUCGGUAAGGCUCCGGGCAGCCCCGGUCAAGCGGAACACCGUGAGUCUGUAACCGGGGCUUUGGGGAGGUUGACGGUACCGCACCUGCUGUAAGGACGGGCGAGCACCCCGCGGGUCCAAAGGCUGUCCUCUCAGCACCCACGGCUGUGAGGACACCGGGACACACACUGGUGACUGAUUAGCUGUCUCUGUGGAAGCUAACGGCAGGCACGAGCUGUUUGUUUGGCCGGUCGUUAGCUUAGCUUCCAGUGACGGUGUAGCCUCGGUAACACAGACAUUAGCACCAGCCUGUCCUCUCCACGGCUGUGCUGUGGCACUACAGCGGCUUUACCGCUCCCGUUUGCGCUGUUGUUGUGUAAAGUUACCGUUUAGAGACGGACUGGGUAAAGUUAGCGGUUCUACUUUGUUUGGCGGCAGUUGCUGAAAAGUUUUUACCUCUGGGGAGAUGAGCGGACACACCCAGUGAGCCAGGUCCGGCUCAUGUUCCUGUAACUCAGCUGAUGUCAGCGAAAAGGACAGUUUGGUGUGCUAACACUGAGAUCAUGCUGGUGCUGUCACACCUGUCCUCUGUCUGUAUGUGACGGAGAAAACCAUACAUGGAGUUUCUCCUGUUGUAUGGAGGGACACCUCUGUCAGCCCCCUGACUUUGGAGGUCCUGUAAUGGUCACCUUAACCCUCCGGUGAAGUGCAGAAAUGUGAGGAGGAAGGCAGCUAGGUCGUGAGUGUGUGUGUGUGUGUGUGUGUGUGUGUACCUGUGCACAUGUGUUUGAGUGUUUAAGAGAGGCACAAAGAAGAAUCCAGUGAUGGCUGCCAAUAAGGGUAAAAACCAGAGCUCUCUGGUGCUGCACAAGCUGAUAAUGGUGGGCAGCGGCGGCGUGGGAAAGUCAGCCCUCACCCUGCAGUUCAUGUACGAUGAGUUUGUGGAGGACUACGAGCCCACCAAAGCAGACAGCUACAGGAAAAAGGUGGUUCUGGACGGGGAGGAGGCUCAGAUCGACAUCCUGGACACCGCCGGGCAGGAGGACUAUGCUGCUAUCAGGGACAACUACUUUCGCAGCGGGGAGGGCUUCCUGUUGGUCUUCUCCAUCACAGAGCCCGAGUCCUUCGCUGCCACUGCUGAGUUCAGGGAGCAGAUCUUGCGGGUGAAGGCAGAAGAGGACAAGAUCCCGCUCCUGCUGGUGGGGAACAAGUCGGACCUGGAGGAGCGUCGGCAGGUGCCCGUGGACGAGGCCCGCGGGAAGGCCGAGGCGUGGGGCGUCCAGUACGUGGAGACGUCAGCAAAAACCAGAGCCAACGUUGACAAGGUGUUCUUUGACCUGAUGCGUGAAGUGCGAGGCAAGAAAAUGUCUGAAAACAAAGACAAGAACGGGAAAGGGAAGAACAAGAAGAACAAGAAGAGCUUCAGGGAGAGAUGCUGUUUACUUUGAGCUCCUCGUGGACCUGAAAACACAAAGCUCCACAGAACAGAGGAGCAGAGCUCAGCGUCUUUGAUUUCAAUGAAUCUGAUUAUUUUUUAUUGAUAGCUUGUUAUAGUUUCAUGUCUAGAACAAUCGCAACCACUAUGUUGCCAAUCUGAAUGAAUGAAAGCUGACUGGCUCUGCUGUGAGGAUGGACGGCGACUGCAGCGCUUGAUGGCUCACAGGAAGCCAGCGACCAAACUGCCAUUGACACUAACUGUGCUGCUCGACGUGUUCAGCGGUUUACUGCCUUUGCUUUGGUUCCUCUCUCUCUACAAAGCCGUUAGUUUGUUCGCCUCCUCUAAUCUGGGCCUGCAGUCACAGUGUAGACUGCAUGUACACUGAUGGCCUCUCUGUGGAGCAGGUUUCCAUCGCCCACUUUGUGUUUGCAGUAGCUGCUGAAGCUGCAAGUUUAAUGUCCGGUUUCCCCCCCCGCCUUCAGGUUUCUUGAAUAUUUUUCUUCCAUUUCAUGCGAGGAAUUGUGAGGUUUUUACAUCCCAGGAGGUUCACGCAGUGCAGUCGUGUCCUGACACGAUCACCAUAAAUCAAUGUUAAAACACAUUUUCAGUGAGAAAGCUGUAAAUUACAUCCUCGCUGACUCAGAAUCCACUCAUUUCUCUUCACGUACACGCGAUGAGAUAUUUUAACGUUUGUUCUGUAUUUUAAGAAUGUGGGAAAUGAAUGGUGAGAGAGCUCUGCCACGUCGGUGUGACCCUCCUCAGAGCACAGACGCCACUGUUUGUCCAGCAGCGAGGUUUGGAUCGGUGCUGGGAGGCACGACAAUCCAGGAGGCCACCCUGCUAAUGCAUUCAGUCUGUUAGUCUCCAUAGUCCUGAUCUUCUUUUGAAUAACAUGCACUACAUUGUCAGUACCUUAGAAGUGGCUUCAUGCUGUGUUGAGUCGCGCUGUGCCAACAAAAUAACAAAAAUUCAAACUAUGUUUGUGGGUGUGUGGUAUGUAUGUUGUGUAAGAGUGUGUGUGCAUGUGUGGGAGAACCUUACCUUGCUGUGUGUCUGAGUGAAGCUCUGAUGCUCCAGCUCUUGUGUAUUCAGAUGUUCAUGGUGACCCUGCUGUGUGUUUGUUGGCGGCUGUGAGCUGCUGAAUAAAUGCUUUUCUUCCUUUUUCA